AGAAUGGUCCCCGUGUUAAAUCCUGGUGAUGUGUGUGUAGUUUUAGGGACUCAGUGGGGAGACGAAGGAAAAGGAAAGCUUGUAGACACUUUAGCCUCCGAAUGCGACAUUAUAGCUCGUUGCGCUGGCGGUGAUAAUGCGGGUCAUACAGUUGUUUUUGACGGUGUUACAUAUGAUUUUCAUUUGCUCCCAAGUGGAAUUUGCCAUAAUUCUUGCUUGAACAUUAUUGGAAAUGGUGUAGUUCUUAAUGUGGAAUCUUUAUUUGCUGAAAUUGAAAGUAAUGAACAUAAAGGUUUAACAGGCUGGGAAAGCAGACUCAUUAUUUCUGAUCGGGCGCAUCUUGUGUUCUCCAUGCAUCGAGUAGUCGACAGUCAUCAGGAGGCCGAAAAAAGGAUUUCCGGCGCUGAUAUCGGUACAACUGGUAAAGGCAUCGGCCCUUCUUACAGUUCUAAAUUGUCUCGACAAAACUUGCGUGUGUGUGACUUGAUUGGAGAUUUUGAUUAUUUCGAGAGGCGGUUUCGCGCCCUUGCACAGCACUACACACGAGCUUAUCCUGGAAUUCACGUGGAUGUUGAGGAGGAACUGCAGUUAUGCAAAAAACUUUCAAGUAAACUACGCCCGCUUGUGAGGGAUACAAUUGUUUUGCUUAAUAACGCCGUUCUUUCAAACACCCAGAAGAUUCUGAUAGAAGGCGCUAACGCGCACAUGCUCGACGUGGACUUUGGCACUUAUCCCUUUGUUACUUCUUCCAAUUGCUCAGUGGGCGGGGCCUGCACAGGGCUCGGCAUUCCCCCUACAAAAAUCAGUAAAGUUAUAGGAGUCGUAAAGUCUUACACAACGCGUGUUGGGGGAGGCAAGUUUCCUACAGAACAGGUGAAUGUGAUUGGAGAGAAACUUCAGCAAAUUGGCCGUGAAGUUGGAGUAACGACUGGAAGGACACGACGCUGUGGUUGGCUGGAUUUGGUGGUUUUGAAGUACGCCCACAUGGUUAAUGACUUCAGCUCGAUAAUGCUAACGAAGCUGGACGUUCUGGAUACUUUUGAAACUAUAAAAAUUGGAGUUUCCUAUAAACUUCACGGCAAUGUUAUCGAGGGAUUCCCUUCUGACAUCAAUUUACUUUCAAAAGUGGAUGUUGAGUAUAUCGAGAUGGCCGGUUGGCAGGAAAGUAUUAGUAACUGUCGUAAGUUUGAAGAAUUACCAGAAAAUGCAAAACUUUACGUAAAGAAAGUAGAAGAUUUGCUGAGUGUUCCGGUCCAGUGGAUCGGCGUUGGGCCUUCACGCGAAGCCACCAUUCGCUUAUUUUAAAUUUGAUGCAUCAGAAAACAUGGUGGCGCCUUAUAACUUAGACA